AUGACGACCAUUGUUGCCGCUCCUGCUGCUCACACCGUCCCUCGAGACCAAGGCCUUUCUAGCCUUGCCCAUCUCGCUGCUUCUGCUCCCCCAAUGGCGACCAGAACCACCCCUCCAGGCAAUAACGCGCCUGCUUCGGCCGAGCACUCUCCUAGAUCUGCGCCAAGGCACAGUGUUGAAGACAACGUUUCUCCCAAAGGUGCUCGCGCUGCCGGCCUGCGAUCAGUCACAAAGAUCAAGAAGGAACCGCCAGCAUCACCCAACCCGUCAGCAAAGCCUCGACCGAGGCGUCUCGACUUGUCUGUUCACGGUGCCACCGGCCGUGGUCCUCAAACUGCCCGCCCAGCCCCAUUGACAGCAAGAGACUCUGCCGGGCUCGCCAUUCACGACCUCGGGGUCGCAUGCUUAUCACCCGGCUUCCAGACUCAAGACCCGACGAUGCGCUCGCAGCUGCAGCGCAGUCUGGAUGUCAGAGAACAGCAACGCCAGAUAAUUGAAGCGCGACAGAAGGGCGUGAAGCCUCCGAUGGACGCUCCUGGAACUGGACCCGGCGCCGAGUCAGCACAGUUUGGUGUGCCCCAGAGGACACCCUCGACGUCGCGUAGAAAGGGUCCUCCCCCAGGAUUGUCGAUUACAGCCCCUUCGGCUGCCACCUUCUCCAACGAGCGUGUCAUUCAAUCUGCUCCUCUGCAUCAUUCAUUCACAGGCUUGCGCCCGCACGCCCAUCAACCCAGUGGUCUCAGUCAGACUAGCCAUAUUCAUCAUGUUCCUGCCACACAGACAGCUAACCGCCUUCCUCCCAUCUCCGACGUCUUCGCACACGACAGCCUACAAGCUCGCCCACCCACGGCAAUGUUCGCGACAGGCCACUCGCCCAGCAUUGGUCCACCUCCUCUUCAGAGUCCCGGAAUGAUGCAGCAACAACAUCAACAGCACAGAGAGCAGCAGCACCAACAUCAGUUUAGCCAAGGACCACUCACAGGCCGCGGUAGAGAGUUCAAGAGCGCGGAAGAGGCGGUGCAAGAAAUGUCCCGCGGACGUGAAGAGUUGUUGCCCAAGAUCGUCCAUUACGGCGGCGCACAACCUCCUACCCCUCCUUCGCCCAUGCCUUCAAGUCAGCAAUCCCAACACCCUGGACACCCGCAAUCAUAUCCCCACCCUCCUCAGCGUCAGUCGCCCCAUGCGUCCGGAGCCGCACGUGUGGAUGCGCUGAGGUCUGAGCACAGUCAAUCCCAGAUGGCUGGAAGAAGACGUCCUCGCGACGAAUACGAGCGUGAACACGGCAGCCCGCUAGGCCAGCAGGAAGCCAAACGACCUACGUACCAAGCCGACAACGGCGCCGACUGGCGUUCGGGCAUGAGCAACCAGGAGAAGAGGGACGAGUUUUUGCGCUUGUGCUCGCGCGCCUGGGACUUGUUCCAUUCAUGA